AUGCUCCUCGCCGCGCACCUUGCGGCGCAGGCCCACACGCACGGCGGUCUCGGUCCCGGCCCAGGCCCGUGGGCUCACGAGCCUGCCGAGCUGCACAGCCUCUCGAGCACGGCGCUCGACGAGGCGGCAGAGCGGCUCAGCAGGGAGCUCCCGCACCGGUACUGCUUUCUGGUGGCCAAGGACGGCGCAGUGGUGCACGAGUCGUACUCGGCAAACUCGUCGGAGACCCUCUACUCGAUGGACUCGGCGAUGAAGCUCGGGACUGCCGCGCUCAUCGGGAUAGCGCACGCCGACGGGAUGCUCGACCUCGACGCGCCGCUCGCCGAGUACGGCCUCGAGCCGACGGCGGACUGGGGACCGUACUGGCCGCUCGUGACGACGCGCCACCUCCUCUCCAUGGUCUCUGGCCUCGGCCAGAAGCCGCCGGGCACCGCCUUUGCGUACGACUCCGGCUCGCACCUGCAGGAGCUCAUCUGGCUGCUCGAGCACGUCACGCGCGAGGCGUCG